CAUCGCCUCGCAUCUCGAUAUCACGUUUACACAAUGUAUUAUUUAACCCAACUUUUCGAGAUGGGUUAUUCGCACAAUAAAACGAUGCUCCAGCCGUGCGACAAUGACCUCACACCCGCCCGUGAUACGCGCUGAUCCUGACGUCACACUCGGACCCCACGACCCUGAACCUGCUUUGGCCAGCGCAUCACAGGCGUCAUGCCCAUCACCGACUCCUUAUUCGCAUAUAUAUUUGAAUGCGGAACCGUUGAAGUCCAUCUCCAACAAGACCAAUCGAACUCCACAAUCGGUCCACUUGAUCCACAGCUUCUAGCACCCCUACACUACACACGUCAAGUUCUACUACAGCAACAAUGCCUCUCUUCGGAUCCCGCCGUGAGCCUUCCCCGGCGCCUGCCCCAGUGCAGACCCGCUCCUCAGGCUUGUUCUCCUCCCACAAAACCACCUCUCCGCCACCCACGACCACCUCGCCCACAACCCGCUCCGGCCUGUUCUCCCGGCGCCGCUCCUCGUCGCCCUCCCUCCACAACACCCACACCUCGUCAACUUCCCCCCACAAACGCCACUCCCUCCUCCACAAGACCGGCUCUGAGGACGCUAGCAUUGUCUCCGCCCGCGAGCGCGUUAUGAGCGCCGAGGCCGCGGAACGGGAAGCCGAUCGCGCCUUGUUUGCGGCAAAGGCGGCGGUUAGGGAGGCGAGAGAGCACGUCAAGGCGCUGGAGAGGGAGGCGGCUGAGCAGGCGCGGUUGGCGAAGGCGAAGCAGGCUGCGGCGAAGGGACUGGGGAAGAGGGGGAAGGCGUUGGGUCGUCACGAUCACAUUUAGGAGAUGUAGAGGGCUUGACGGCUUGCGCGCAGGCGAUGCAGGUAUUCUAGGGGGGAGGCUUACGAUCUGAUUUGAUAACGAUGCUUGUACGAUUAGCGUGGUGGUGGUUUCUUUGAGCGAGCGAGCGCGUUAUGGUGUUUUCCCCAUCUGUCUGAUAUACUAGC